GUCAUGGAUUUAUAUUAUAUCCCCUCAUCUGCUCCCUGCCGGGCAGUGCUAAUGACUGCCCAGGCAUUGGGUGUUGACUUAAAUAAGAAGUUCCUGAAUCUUCGCAAGUCAGAACACUUGACACCAGAAUUUCUCAAAAUCAAUCCACAACACACUGUACCCACGCUGAUCGAUGGUGAUUUUGUUCUCUGGGAAUCUCGUGUCAUUAUGAUGUAUUUAUGUGAAAAAUUCGAUGCGGCAGGCAAAUGGUAUCCCAAGUGUCCAAAACUCCGUGCUAUAGUUCAACAUCGUAUGUUAUUUGAUUUGGAAAUAUUAUAUAGAAGUUUUGCCGAUUACUUUUAUCCAACAAUGUUGAGGGGAGAACGUGCCGAUCCCAAAAUGUAUACAAAUAUUGAACGUGCAUUUGAAAUGUUCAACACUCUGUUGGAGGGUAAACAAUUUGCUGCUGGCGAUUUUGUAACUAUUGCGGAUAUCUCGUUGUUAUCGACGGUGACCACAUUCGAUUCGGUUAAAUUUGAUUUGAGUAAAUAUCCCAAUGUGGCUAGGUGGUAUGAAGCGUGCAAAAUUGCAGUGCCUGGUUAUGCUGAAAAUUUGGAGGGAUGCAAAAUAUUCGAAAAGAUUUUCCGUAAUAAAUUGUAA